GGGGUGCAAGUGCAACACUCUUUCUUCAGGCCAGGUCUUAGCUGACCCCCUCCCAAAACUUUGAUCACUAACCAUCUUAUCUCAGUUUGAUCUGAUGUCACUUAAGGACAAGGCCAUAGCAAUUAGCAACACUUGAUCAGCUAAUUAAUACAACCCAACCUUCACUAAGUUGUAAAUUAGAUAGGAUAGUUGUGUUCAGAUAAGCUUUGGUUAAUUUGCUGUUGUGUUGAUGAAGGAGAGAGGUGUGAGGAACAAGCAGGGAGUGAUCAUGAAGGCCCUGCUGGACAGGUGUUUGUCCAAGCACAGGAAUGGUGGCUGGCCGGAGCCGCCGGAGGGGAGCUUCGCGGUGUACGUCGGCGGCGGCGGCGGCGGCGGAGGGGCGGCGAGGGAGAGGUUCGUGGUGAGGACGGAGUGCGUGAACCACCCGCUGUUCAGGGCGCUGCUGGAGGAGGCCGAGGAGGAGUACGGGUACGUGGCGGACGGCCCGCUCGAGCUCCCCUGCGACGCCGGCGAGUUCGUCGCCGUCCUGGCGAGGAUCGAGCGUGAGAUGGCCGAGGAGAGGACGGUCGGGUGCGCCGGCGGCCUGGUGUUCAGGCUGCACCCGGCGGCGCACCUCAUGCUGGUUGCUCCGGCGACGCCGCCGCCGAUGAUCGUUGGCUGAGCGUCCGGUGCGGCAAGGCCGGUCGCCGGCGGUGAUCGCCGGCUGAUGGGCUAGCUGUUGGCAUGUUCUUGUCCAAGUUUUUCUCUGUGCACAGAAUGUGUUGCCGGCGACGCAUGCAUACAUGAUCAUCUUAAUCUUCGUGCAGCUGUGAUAAUCUGGGGUUCUCUGAUGUUUAACGUGUACUAUGAGUCUGUGACAUAUGUACAACUGUACAGUGAUCAAACUUCACAAGUCACAGUUCUUUGGAGUACCAGUUGGUUGAGCCCAGUUAGUUAUUUCUUGCUCAUAGAACAGCAUAAAAAUUUCAGUAAAAUAGAAACCAGUGGAAGAAAGCACUGAUGAGAAUUGAUUCGAUAAUAUUGAAUAAUGGAAGAAGUUAGAAUUCAAAAACACGAAAUAGUGAACACCAGCAAAUAAACACAAGGCCACGAGAUGGAAAAAUUACUGUGUAGUAAUAUUGAAUAGUGGAAGAAAU